AAUGCCAUAAUUAUUUGCGUAAGGUAGAAGUCAAAGCUUUACGCACUUACGCAUUUAAAAGCUUAACAUUUUAAAAGCAUUUGAAAGCAUUUUGCUUUCAGACUUUCUGUGUAAAUGCACUUGUUGCUUGUGCAGAACUUGGUGCAGUGCUUUUAUCGCUGUUAGAAUGCUAAACAUCCGCAGCCAAUGUGUCCUGAAGUUGGUGCUUUCGCCAUCGUCCCCUUCGGUAAUAUGCAAAGCACCGAAACCGCUUCUGCGCAAACGGAACUACGCGAGUUUAACUGACACAUUGUUAUGCCGUACACGAUCAACUUUUGGACCACUCUCCCAGAAACCGAUUCAAGGAGCUGCCACAACUAAUACGUGUCAGCGCACUGCAAAUUCGUCUGUGCCAAAAAGUGCACAGCACAUCGAAGUGGGCAAGAAAUCUCUACUGAUACAGUGGAAUAGCGGCGAUGUGUCGCAAGAACGGGGAACAUGGUCAGAAUUGGACGCCCAGUGGUUACGCUUUCAGUGCAUGUGUGAUACGUGCCGUCAGCCAUCGUCCAAUCAGCGUAUGCUAGACUGUGCGGAUAUUCCCGAAGAUAUCUCCAUAUGCAAGGCAACAAUUGUGGACGGUAACCGACUGAGUGUCCGCUGGGCGGAAGACGCUCACGACGGAUGGAUUGGUCUGGAUUGGCUGUAUGAUGCCGUGCAUUACCGGGAACUGCCUAUUACGCCGUUUCAGCAAAAUCAAAAGUUGCCCAGGAUAGACGAUCACCGUUUGCUCAUCGGCAGUCGCACCGAUAAAACCCAUGCAACGCUUGCGAAACUUCAGUUCUACAACCAUCUGUUGUUGGACGGUUUUUGCAUCGUCAGCGGGCUUCCAACAACCGAGGGAACUGUGAAAUCAUUUGUCGAAGACGUUUUCGCUCUGCCUGUGCAAAAAACGAUUUAUGGCGAGAUUUUCGAUGUUUUAUCCACACCAAAUCCGAUAAACGUCGCGUACAGCAAUGCAGAAUUGAAACCCCAUAUUGAUCUCGUUUAUUACGAAUCGCCUCCAGGAUUGCAGCUGCUGCACUGCUUAAGGUUUGAUGAAACGGUCGAAGGGGGAGAAAGUACGCUGGUGGAUGGGAUAUUUGCGGCGGAAGAAAUGAUCAGGCGGUAUCCACAGGAAGCCGAAAUCCUUAUCAACACGCCGGCAACAUUCGAAAAAAUCCAUUUCAACCGAGAUUUACCUGUGUGGAUGCGGUAUUCCCGUCCCCACAUAGCAGUGGAUGCGAACAAAAAGGUUACAAGUGUCUUCUGGGCACCUCAGUUCGAGGGACCGCUAAGGGCAACGCAAGACGUAAUAUCCAAGUACUACAGUGCCUAUCGGAAAUUCGCGCGACUUAUCCAUGAUCCUUCUGUGAAAAUUCAGUUCCGGCUACAACCUGGUGAAGUGCUUGUAUUUAAUAACAGACGAAUGCUGCAUGGGAGAAAUGCGUUUACUACGAGCUCCGGUCUUCGCCAUUUCCAAGGAUGCUACGUCCACAUCGAUGAAUUCAAAUCUCAAGCGCAAGUUUCACUGAAAAAAGCCGGAAAAUCCAUCAGUGUGCCUCAUGUAGCUAAUCAAAGCUGCUUCUGAUCAGCAGAUGCACAAAAAAUGUGAUGAAACGAACCGACAGGAACUCCGUUCUUGGAAUCAGCUCGGUUCAAUUUCUCCUAAAUAAAUCUGUUUGUCGCUGGAAACUGAGAGAACUGAAAAGAGAAAAAACAUUUGCUGCUGAAGUUCAUCAUGUGGGUCGGUUAUUUUAUUGCUGUCACGCAUUACACAGGUUCCGUACUUAUUGGUUCGUUCGGAUGGAACUGCACAUCGUUCACUGAUCCAUUGUGUCCCGGCAAUUUGUAGAGAAUCUUGCGAGUUUGUGUUUCCCAGAUGUAAACAAACCGAUCACCCGACCCACAUGCGACUCUUUUCCCGUCUUUCGACCACGCACAUUUUAAUAAGUUCUUUUCAAAAUUAUGUUGAUGUCCGGUGAACAG